UCUGAAUUCGCGGACGCUUUAUAAUAUAUAUAAUUCAGCGAUAAAUUUAGUGGCUUUUAUUGGGUUCUAAGAUAACAAAAACGAAAAAGCUAGUGAAUGCGAUAAAAUUGAAGUGAAUUUCCAGUGAAGUGACUUCAAAUGAUUUGUUAAAUUUGUAUUGAAAAAGUUUGCUUACAGACAACAGAAAAAAUUAAGUCACACUACGUUCCGAAUCGAUUUUGAAAAUUGAUCUCAUUGAGCUUGAGUUAAAUUACGUUGUAUUGACACGACACACACGAUUUCGAAAUACGCUCAGCCAACUAAGCAGCAAAGCAACAAAAAUAAGAAGAGCUAAAAUGUUGACACUAUACACUAUACUAUAUGCAAUGUAGUAGGCCUAAUAAACCCACAAACUAGCUAACAUUGAUAGUUUGGACUGAAAGUAGAUCCUUAUUUAACAGUUGUUAUUUAACUAAAAUGUCAACAAAUUCUCACAACACGGAUCUUUACUUGAGGCCUCUGCCGUUUCUCGAUCAUAAAUGGAUACGAGCUGAUCUCAUAUCUAGUUUACGCUAUCCUGAGGAUGCUGCUAUUUUGUGGAAUAAUCUCAUACAGGAUUGCGAAUUGGUGUCAUCUCCCGCAGCUCCGGUUUUAAACGCUGCUGGCAACUUGUCAUAUCUGGGAGAUGAUGGGAAACACUAUUGUGGCGUGCAAAAAUUGCAGUGCUCCUGUUGCCCAGCGAGUGAUUUCUGUGGCCCCCUGUCUGCUUGCAAUUGCAGUGCAUGUCACAGUCUGGAUUCGGAUGCAACUAUAAAGAAAAUCACUACUCAGGCUCAAGCCGCAGCCGUGGCAGCCCAGCGUAUUGCAAGUGAUGCCAUCUUUGAGUCUUGGCUGUGGGGUCAAACCCCGAAUAGUGCUGCCAAAGUCGAGUGCCAAAAGACGUUACUCAACGAACUGCAUGACAUUGCACUGCAAGCAGCUGGCAAUUGUCUUUCUGCCACCCAUUUGCGACAGCAGUUAUUCGUUUACGAACGAUACUUUGUGGCUUUGGCUCGAUGCAAACAGCAACAACAAUUGCAGCAGCAGCAGCAGGCGAUGCAGCAACACACAUUGCCCCAAAUGCAGUCGGCUGAAGUGCCCAAAUCGCUGAAUCCAAAUAAUCCUUUUCUGAAUGCAACAGACAAAAAUGUUCACAGAUUUUCUGAAGAGAGUGAUUUUUCUGCGCGCGAUCGUUUUGGUAAAUAUCGCCAACCCUCUUCGCAGGAGUUGAGGUCUCCGGGUCGUGAUAGUGAACGAGCGACACUGGGUUUGGCCAGAGUAUGUACGCGAGCUGCCUUGAAUUUUUCGUUCUUUUUCCUGCGUCGAGCCUGGCGAUCAGGCGAAGAUACUGAGAUGUGCAGUGAGUUGUUGUGUGAAGCAUUGGAAUCACUGCAAGACUUACCGGAAGCGUUGCUAUUCGAUACGUCACAGGUCUCACCCCUUUGGAUAGAAGUUCUGGAACGUUCGAUAAAAUUUCUACGUCAAGUUGCUCUUGCUGAUCCACUUGGGGGUAGAUGUUUAGCUCCAAAAGAAGAUCGCCAUACUGCUCUAUGUCUACUGCUGGAAUUGGGCGCACAAAAAGGCAGUUUGGCUGCCUCAUUGGAGGCCGUAGUCCUUCUACUGACGUUAUGGGAAAAGGAUAAGACGACCGAUGAUAAUCGGGAUGUGCCACAAAAUGCAGGUGCUCCCUUGGUACCGAUUCUAAAACGUUAUGAAGCAAUUGGGAAUUUUGGUUUAGCUUCGAGUACUUCAUCGAAUGUCUUGCCGUCCAGUGCAACGGAAUGUUUCCUACGAUUUCUUACGCUACCCGUGCAGGAGACAUCCAAUGUGGAUCUUAAACAGGCGGCUGUUGUUAUUGUUUCUCAUUUGGAUCGUUUGGCUAAACCUCAUAUGCCCACAGCACACUCCAUACAAACAAAUUACAGUGUCAUGAAUAAGUACGGGUCGAUGAAUGGAGCAAAGAAUUCGCUGAUUAAUCAAAAUUCCCAAGAAAGUGCAGCAUGUGGGGCUGGAGGUUCAAUUGCUACAAAUAAUAAUAACAAUAAUAACAACAACAAUAUGUCAUCAAGCACUCCACAGCUACAUGAACAGCGUAUUUAUGCCUUGGGCUGGUUAUCGCUUAAUACUCAUCAAAACGGUUUUACUGCAGAACCGGUGGUUGGUAUGCCCGCCACGGGAACUCAGGCCACGUACACCCAGUACUCGGCGCCAGUUUUGAAUUUCUAUUUUCAAGUACAACAGGUGGUGAUAUCCGAAGAAUAUGUAUUGUUUCUAACGCAAGAUGGCAAAAUGUAUACAUGGCGCAUAUCUAAGCCUGAGACUGAACCAAUGUUAAUUGAGGAAAUGCAGGAGGUGCAUAUAAUAUCAGUGGCUGCCCAUUGCGAAGGCAGACAUUACCUGGCGGUCGAUAGCAUGGGAAAUGCUUAUUCUUGGGGCAAUGGCGUUGGUGGCAGAUUGGGACAUGGCGACACUUUACCUCGUGAACACCCUACUAAAAUUAACUCACUCGAAAGUACUGUGAAGUCGGUUCACGUUGGUUGCUCUUAUAGUGCAGCAAUUUCCUACAAUGGCACUUUGUAUACUUGGGGACGAGGAACCUAUGGAAGAUUGGGCCAUGGCAAUUCCGAUGACAAGCUGUUACCUAUGCCAGUUACAGCUUUGGCGGAGCAUAAAGUCGUCGAUGUCGCUUUGGGCAGUGGUGAUGCUCACACCUUGGCUGUUACGGCCAUUGGCUUAGUUUACGCCUGGGGCGAUGGUGACUUUGGCAAACUCGGCAACGGUUCCUGCAAUGGCUCACCAAUACCUCAAGUUAUUGAUACCUUGCCUAGGGUGCAGAGGGUAUUUGCUGGAGCACAGUUUUCAGUGGCUCUGACUUGUGAUGGAAAACUUUAUUCAUGGGGCAAAUCGAGUGGCGGGCGUUUAGGCCAUAGUCAAUUAGAUAAACAGGUGCAAUGUUUGAGUACUCCAAAAUUGAUUAGUGCGCUGCAAUCCAAGACAAUUAUUGAUGUGGCCAUAGGGGUCUCGCAUUGUUUGGCGUUAAGUGCUAAUGGGGGAGAGGUAUUUGGUUGGGGGCGUAACGACUAUCAGCAAAUAUGCCCCGCAUCAAUAUGUAAAGAGCCCUUGGUGACGCAGCCCAUAUUAGCUACUCAUCCAUCUGUAUACGCCUACGGCAUUGCCUGUGGGGCUGCGCAAAGCAUUAUCUGGAGUCAAACUUCAAUACAAGGAAUUCCAGCACGCAUACCGUUUGUCAUUGAUCUAAGCGAGCACACAUUCCGCCUAUUGGACCAACUGUUAGGUAUGGUUUGUGGUCAAGAUUCGAAUAAUCGUCAGACCCCGAAUCAGGAGGCAGAAUGCGUGGCUGUGGCUUGCUUAAAUCUCCUGAGACUACAAUUGCACGCUUUAAUAGCGAAUGGAGUUGUGCCCAAGAGUGUGGGCCUCUCUGAAGGUUGCCGCCUAUUGGUAAGCCUUAAAACUCGAAUACUAAGCUUGGCCGGAGGAGCAAAUGUUUUGAAGACCAUGCAAGAAGCUGCCCAGUGGGCUUUACAAGUCGGCUGGAGUGUGCUUUUGCCAACGGCAUCUGAAAGAGCACAAACACUAACCUCACUACUGCCCUCAGAACCUGGAAUAUCCACUGCUGGUCAUAGAUUCAUGACAGAUCUUCUGGUGGGCUCGCUCAUGGCCGAGGGUGGAUUAGAGACUGCUCUAAGACAAGCCAUACGAUUGGAAUGUAACGACUGUGCUGACAACGGUCACAAUCUCCCAUUGCUACAUUUAAUAAAGCAAUUGCUACGCAAUAACUCGGCUCUAUCCCAAGCUAAACUGACGCAGCUGCUACUCAAUAAUGGUAUAAUGAAGCAGGAAGAAGAAAAUAACCCCUCAUUGUCAUCUCUGCAAUCACUCGAACACUCUAGUCCUAGUUUAGAUUUACUCCACCGAUUUCAACGCCUUUUAUUUUCCCACAUUCACCAGAGUCCUAAAAUUGAGGACCUUACCGGUGCCGAACUCCUACUCAGCAAGUACAUACAGAGUGCUGUCGGCCUAUGCAUACAUUCCCUACAAAAAGCCCAUGAGAUCGCCUUGCAAGGCAAGGAGGGAGUGGCCGAUAUCCUGAUGACUGAUAUAUCCGAUACGCUUUUGUAUGAACUUCUAAUUGGCCUCAUCAUACUGAAACGUGAUCGCCCAACAUUGAUGCCUGCAUUCGAUUGGUCUCAUCAUUUUGUUCCUUUACUCCAUGCUUUGGAUAAUUUAAAUCGUCUCAUAUGUGAUAGCGACAUACAAGAUUCCGAUGAUUUGGGAUGGCCAGGUAUCAUUUGCCGUGGAAAUUUGAAAAAUUCCUCCAUGUCAUCGACACAGCCGGAAGAGUUAAUGCUGAUACGUAAGAAUGACUUUGAAAAUCAACUUUUGGAUGGUGGCAAAUGGAUUAUACUGAACAGCUAUGUGUGCGACAUCAGCGAUUACCAGAAUGACAAUUCUUGCAUAAAUGAUUACCUCUCGGAAGGCAUAGGCAAAGAUUUGUCAACGGAUUUCAAUAAUACAAAUUAUCGCUCGUGUUUGGAAUAUAUCCUAAGCCACCAUAAAGUGGGUCGUUAUGCUCCCAAUAUAAGUGAGGAGAAGCCUCACUUACAACAGAGCAAAGUACUUACACACUUCAAUUCUGAGCGAGCUUUGGCAUAUCUUUUGGGACUUGUCGCCAAUUUCCUGCAAGUUGGACCGCCACCUCAACCGGCCGAGCUACAAUGCAAAACUAUCAUAAAGUCAAAUAUACUCAGCGGUGGGUUACAGGUACUGCAGCCGAGUAAUCCAUUCGACGAAGAGAAAGGGGAGGCUCGCAGCAGUGCAAGUACUGCAGGCAGUACACCAACUGAGCCACCAGUACACACCAUGGCCACAAUAGGAGCCGCAGUUUUAUCACCCAACAAUGUGCAACAGCGUAUAGAAACUCUUGUCUCUGGGCUGUCUGAUGGACGCCUGACCGAUCCUUUAGUGGUCACCUGGAUGACUAUUUCAGAGCGAUUCUGUAAGGAAAAUAAUUUAAUUUGGCAUCAAGAAUUCCCUCCCGAACAUCCGGUACAGGAAUUGGAACGUUUACUAACGGCCGUAUUAAUAAGGCACCAAAGUCUAGGAGGCCUUAUACUGACAACCAUUGAAAGAGAUCUGGGAGGUGUAACGACAAAUAACGCUGGGAAAUUACCCAAACAAAUAUCCGAAAUAAUUCGCUUGAUUUAUCAAACAAAGUGGUCAGUUGUGCGCAUAAGGCAGCAGUUAAAUCGCAGCUACAAGGAAGUUUGUGCACCCAUGUUGGAACGUUUGCGUUUCCUACUGUACGAAGUACGGCCGGCAGUGAGCCUGGAGCAAGAAGGAUUGCGCAAACUACCAAUUCUGCAUAAGUUGCCACGAUUUAAACAAAUCGUCCGCAAAAUCAUUGGAGAAAUGCGUGUGGCCAAGAAGCAGCUGGUAUGCGCUAAACCAGAAGACAUUCUCAAUGUGACCAUACAAAGUCAGAAUGUAGCACAAAAAUUGAAUCAAUCACAGGAAUCCCUGCUGGAGGCAAAUUCUUCUGCUACAUCAGCUGGAGACAGAAACACAACAGUGGCUGAACCGAUCAUUUUGGCAGCCGUUACUACAGUUCAAAUUCCACCAUCCCUUACCAAUCACCCUUCGCAUGAGAAUCUUUUAGAAAGCGGUGAUAACAAUGUUAUUUUAACUGAACGUAAAGCAUCACAUGACGACCUAAAGCAACAAGCUACCGAUCUCGAUUUUGAGGAUAAGAAACCAGAAGCAGAGCCCCGACUAAGUAAUGAUCUCAUACGCAGACUUUGCGAAAAGUGGUAUUUUUCGGGUGAUGUCAAUAUAACCAUAAUGAAUGAGAUUGUCGAAUUUGUAAUGCAAGAAAUCUGUGACGUGGAAACUGUACGUCGUGCCAUGUUCUGUCAAGUGCAACGCUAUCAGAUUCGUCGCCAGGGAUUGGAAAUGUUCCACACCAUAUUGCAAGUUAAUGGUUUAAUGGAUGCUGUCAAAUACAAUAUGCUGAGUGGAUAUUUGGGCUUACAUUUGAAGGGCAGCAAAGCAACUACAACCAAUGUAUUGGAUGAUCUCGGUUCAAUAACUGCUUUCCAAAAGGCCAACCUAAUGCUGGCUCAGGCCCGGAUUUUGGAAUGGUCUGUGCAGGAACUACAAAGACUGGUAAACCAAGAACAAUUACAUCUAAAAUCGAAAUAUAGCAACACCGGCAAAGACAACUCCAAUUUGGGUACCUAUGUUUUCCUAAAGAAAUUGCCCAGAGCUCGUUUCUUGCUAAGCAUUUUUGGUAUCCUGGCAAAGGACGUGGGCUCCAAUGAACUCAGCUUGCUUAUAAAUUCUGGCACAUUGGGAACGGUUUUGGGCCUUUUAAAUCAAACGGGUGGUGACAUUCCAGCCGUAAAGAAUACCUAUGAGUUGUCUACAGUCUACGAAGACACAAUUCUCAAGCAAAAAUCGAACAAAGCCAAUUUAACAGGGCCAGAAUUGGCAAAACUAAUGAAAAUAGGAACACGCAUCGUACGAGGUGCGGACUGGAAAUGGGGAGAUCAAGAUGGCAACCCACCGGGCGAGGGAAGAAUUAUAAGUGAAGUAGGGGAAGAUGGGUGGGUUCGUGUUGAAUGGUACACCGGUGCCACAAAUUCCUAUCGCAUGGGCAAAGAAGGCCAAUAUGAUUUGAGAUUAGCUGACAGUGCUUUGAAUAUCGUCUCCCCAGACUCUGAAACGGAAAAGGAAGAGAUAAGUUGUGAUUCCUCGCUAAAUGGCGAAUCACAUCCCACAAAACUUCUGCGUUAUGCCUGCACCAAAUUGUUACAAAUUGUUUCGGUGGGUAUUGGCCUGCACUCUGAAAAAAUGGAUAAGAAUGCCGUGCGUGGCAUUUCUUCGAUGUUCCGGUCGAUAUUAAAUCCAGACUCUACGUUAGCUAACAUAUGUGGAUUGGAUAACUGGACAACUUUGGGUUUUCUAAAGGCAAUUGCUGGAGAAUCAACAAUGCUGUCCAACUACUUGACAUCGCCCAUCUGGAUUGAUUUCUAUAUUAAUUUGCUGGAACAACCAAGCACUCGUGAACAAGAUGUGUUUAGGAAAAUUCAUUGCCUUCGCCUCCUGCAGAUUGUCCUGCUUCAUUGGAGCGAUGAAGGAUAUUUGGCAAAAAUGACCACGUUGGUGGGAAAGAUAUUUUCGACGCUGGGAAAGCUUACCCUAUAUUGUCCCAAUGAUACAUCACUUCUGCAGACCACGGCAGAGAAUAAACCUAGAAUUUUACUCACAUCCUCCCAUUCGGGUACAGUUGCCGAGGAGAUUAUUACUCUUUUGAGAAAGUUGCACACAUUACCCAUUUGGAAUUCGGCCAUCAAUUCGUUUCUCUCGCAAAAAUUAUGUGUGGCAGCAGAAUUAUUCGGAGAGGAUGGUUUGGAUUUGCAGCAUUUGGAAAACGAAUAUAUCUUUGUUAUGGGAGUUUUGACCACCAUUGGCGGAUGUGACAUUAGACCGCGUGUGGGACUGCAAGUAUGCCACGAAGGCACCACCGCCACCAUAUGUGGCUUCACAACCAAAGGCAAAUGUUUGCUAAGCACCGACAACCAAUCAUUGAAUGGGGAUUGCCGAAAAAUUUCUCUCAGCUCCGCCUUGGAGAGUGCAGAUUAUUCAGUUUUUAGCCUUUCCCGAUUGCCAAUGAAUGAAAUGCUCUUAAAUUCAUGGUCAGUUCUACUAUAUGGGCCGGGAGAACGCAAGGAAUCGGUACCGAAUGUUAUAGACAUAAGUCUCUUGCGAUCACAACAGAUACAACUGUCUGUACUGAACUCCAAUUGUGUCCUAUAUCGUCACCAGACUUCGUUGCGAAAAAUUCUUAAACAAAGAUCGCCAGGUAUGUGUUCCUACUCGUCGGAAGAAAGUAUUUCGGAAGAAGAACAGAUUGCCAAAACAGCCAACAAAGAACAGCAGCAGCAGGAGGCAAAUGUUCCUAGCAGUGGCCAAGAUCAAAUGAUGAACAAUUCUUAUGUGGGCGCAAAUGAAACAGAAUUGCUUAUCCAAAGCAUUUUGAUACGUGCAACCCAACCCUCUCCGAUUAAAGCCUGCUACACCUACAGCGAAUUGGCGACUGCGGCUUUAAAUUGUUCACAGGUAUUGGCAUCUCAAGUUCAUUCAGACCUCAAUGAUACUGCGUCUUCUUCCUCGCGAAACGGCCAAGCCAUGCCCUCUAUGCAGGCUACCAUGAUCCAUGGCACACCAGUUUACAAUAUGGGUAUAUUCGAUGAGGCCACCGGUACUACUAGCAUUCCUUCGAACAUAGAAAUAAAAGAUACGGACACCUCAGUUAACUCAUCUGUAUCUCUCAUAUCUCAGAUUAUGGAGAUGGGUUUCAGCAAGAAAUCUGUGGAAUUAGCUGUCAAGCAAUUGACGGUUUAUCCCAUGAUGCCCACGCCGGAACAAAUUGUGCAGUGGAUUUUGGAACAUCCAGAUAUAUGCAAUAACACCAUUGAUCCUACUGACUACAAUGAACCUGUGGAUUUGAUUGGUCAUUCCUCAUCGGAUACAUCCUUGCCAAAUGUGCAGCCGAAAACGGUCAAUCAGGAUCCCGAGUGUGAUUCCGAUAAUGAAAGUGUCGACUCCAGCUCUGAUACGGUGGAGGGAUCAUCUGUUCAAGAUCAACAAUUCAAAUACGAAACCCGCAAAGAUUUCCAAACUGCCGACCAAUAUGCCAUGUACGUGAGAGGCAUUGUAUGUCCUGGUAUGGUGGUACGGUGUUGCCGCGAUUUUGAGGAAAUCAAGCAAGGCGACAUAGGUACAGUUCUCAAAGUGGACACUGAAGGAUUGCAUGACUUGAACGUCCAAGUGGAUUGGCAGUUACAUGGUAACACUUACUGGGUGUGUUUUGUGCACAUCGAACUGUUGGAGAAACCUGCGGAAAAGUUGUGUUCGUCGUCAUUGGCUGGCGAGGAGAGAACUCCUUCGCAAAUAGUUAUAGGCUCCCAAGUGAGGAUGCGAGCGGCGCCACGCUACAAGUGGGGCAACAUAAUGCGUGGUAGUGUGGGCACUGUAACGGCAGUGAGUGGUAAACAUAUUUGUGUUGAUUUCCCACAGCAUCCGGGUUGGAAGGGUUCCAUCAAUGACAUUGAAACUGUAGGCACCUCCGCUCAGGGAUGCAGUUUGCUGGGUUUGAAUAGUCUCUCGGCACCGGCAGCCAGUGAUCUAAUAGAAGACUGGUCAAGAUGCAUACGCUCGUUGAGCGUCUCUUCCAAUGAGUCGACAGCAAAACAUUUAUUGGAUCGUAGUCCCAACUGUUGGCAGAGUUCAUCGAGUACCCAGGGCAAACAUUGGAUACGUCUGGAAAUGCAUGAGAAUGUCUUGGUGCACAGUCUUUCCAUUACAGUGAGUCCCAGUGAUCAUUCGCAUAUGCCUUCGCUGGUAGUAACAAGAGUGGGAGACAGUAUUGGGAACUUGAAGGAAUACUCAUGGAUUUCCAUUAAAAUAACUGAUACUACAGUGGCUUUGAUGACGGAUGUCAGAAAUUAUUAUCCCUGGAUAGAGAUAGUCAUAAAGCAAUGCCGCAACAAUGGCAUUCAAUGCAAAGUACAUGGCCUUAAAAUUGUUGGAAGGCGAAAGCAAACAGAUUUAGAUUUAAUGCUGAUGAACGCCUCAUUUUUAGCAUGCGAAUAUGAUAAUUUAUCGGACUCUAAUCAAAAUCUCUCACUAUCAUCGUAUAGUGAUCCCAAAUCCUCACAAAGUGAGCCACCCUGUACAGUGAUGGUAUGGGGCUUGAAUGACAAAGAACAAUUGGGUGGCUUGAAGGGAUCCAAGGUGAAGGUGCCUACAUUUUCGCAAACAAUCAGUCGACUAAGGCCAAUUCAUAUAGCCGGUGGUUCUAAAUCCCUCUUCAUCGUAUCCCAAGAUGGCAAAGUUUAUGCCUGUGGAGAGGGCACAAAUGGGCGUUUGGGCUUAGGUACGGGCGGCAAUGUUUCCGUACCAAAGUUGGUUCCAGUCUUACAUCAGUACGUUGUAAAGAAAGUAGCCGUUCAUUCGGGCGGAAAGCAUGCAUUGGCUCUCACUUUGGAUGGAAAAAUCUUCUCAUGGGGCGAGGGUGAAGAUGGUAAAUUAGGUCAUGGUAAUCGGUUGACCAUGGACAAACCGAAAAUGAUCGAAGCUUUACGUUCCAAAAAGGUACGGGACAUAGCCUGCGGUUCGUCACAUAGUGCAGCCAUCACCUCAGCUGGUGAAUUAUAUACUUGGGGUUUGGGUGAAUAUGGCCGCCUUGGGCAUGGUGAUAAUGCAACGCAAUUAAAACCCAAACUUGUUGCCGGUCUAAGUGGAAAACGUGUGAUCCAAGUAGCAUGCGGUAGUCGAGAUGCCCAAACAUUGGCAUUAACUGAAGACGGCGCGGUAUAUUCCUGGGGUGAUGGGGAUUUUGGAAAGCUUGGCCGGGGAGGAUCUGAGGGCUCCUCGGUUCCACAUGAAAUUGAACGGCUAAGUGGUAUAGGUGUGAUACAAAUAGAAUGCGGUGCUCAGUUUAGUUUAGCCUUGACACGCACUGGAGAAGUUUGGACCUGGGGCAAAGGAGACUACUAUCGCUUGGGACAUGGCAGUGAUCAGCAUGUACGAAAACCACAGCCCAUUCAGGGACUUCGCGGUCGCAAAGUGAUACACGUUGCGGUCGGAGCAUUGCAUUGUCUGGCUGUUACAGAUACUGGACAGGUUUUCGCCUGGGGCGAUAAUGACCAUGGACAACAGGGAUCCGGAAAUACUGUGGUGAAUAAGAAACCUGCGCUGGUUAUUGGUUUGGAUUCUGUCUUUGUUAACCGUGUUGCCUGCGGAAGCUCACAUUCGAUUGCCUGGGGUUUGCCGCAAUCACCUUCAGAAGAUGAAAAGAAGGGUCCUGUGCCAUUUGCCACAACGAAGGACCCCUUAGGUGGGACCAGUUUGGGAAUUUAUGAUGCUGAGCCCGUAUCCACUACAACUACAAUUACUGCUUCGUCUGCCUUGUCUAAAGUUGCCGUAAAGGCCAGCUUAAGUGAAACUCUUUUAUCCCUGGAAACGAAUGGGGCAAGACAAACGGCUCUUAACUAUGUCCUAAAUGCCAUGAGUAUUUUGCAAGCCCGCCAGUUGAUAGUGGCCGCCUUGACCAGUCACAGUAAAGUCAAUUUAAACGAAAGACUGACCAAUGAUAUUGAAACAGAAUCGUCGGGCUCAGUAAGGGAUACCCUCGGCAAUCCAAGUAGCCAACAACAAACUGUAAACAAUGCCAACGAAGUCAUAGCCCAAGGAGGAGGAGAAGCUUUGGCCGACGCUUCGGACCCAGCAGUUCAUGAACCUUCUCCAGAAGCUGAAAUUUUGCCAGCGCCCGCGGGUCCUCUAAGUGCUUUUCACAGUCUUACGGGAUCCAUGUCAUUAUCAGCCUCGCUGUCCAGUACGGCACCUCACAAACAUUCGAAAAUGUCGGCCUCGGCCAUGUCUGUAAUGGCUGCCACCAUGAAUAACCAAGAGGAGAUGAUCAAUGAAACUUCACUAACGGGACUGGACGACUUCACCUCACUUUUGGGCGAAUCAGAAGCGAAGAGUUUGGUUGAACUUCUUAAGUUAAGUGUGGCCGGUAGAACUGGACCUUCAAGUACAUCACAGACUAUAGCUGAAACAUUAAUAGCUUUGGGUUCCAACAGCCCCAGCAUUGGGGCCAUGUUGCUCGAAACAUGUAUUACUGAGCUGGAGGACCUGUGUACAUCCCGCUACAGCUUGGGCAAAGUACCCAAACCGGUUAUGCAGGAAAGCAGUCAUCCCUAUGUGGACAACGUCACAACAACUGGCCACGUUAAAAUACCCGGCGCAGAGGCUUUACGUUUAGAAUUCGAUUCGAAUUGCUCAACGGAAAAACGCAAUGACCCGUUGGUCAUAAUGGAUGGUUCCGGUCGUGUUAUAGCUAUGCGUUCCGGUCGUGAAUUUGCCCAAUGGGCAUCCGAAAUACGUAUCCAGGGUGACGAAAUGAAGUGGAAAUUCACCUCGGAUAGUUCAGUUAACGGUUGGGGUUGGCGAUUUUGGGUGCACGCUGUAAUGCCGGCAACAUCAAUGAACGAAAGAGGAUCAGAUCGAGCUGUGCUCUCGCAACCAUCGAUGCCCUUAGUGAUGGCCUUGUUAGACGAGCGUUUGGGCCCCAACAACACCAGUGUUCUAUUGCGUUUGUCGGCCGCCUUGGCGGCGUGUGCUCAAUUGAAUUCUCUGACAACAACACAACGUAUAUGGUCCCUGAAACGACUUCAUGCGGUGUUAUUAACGAAAUAUGCUCCCAAACCCUUGGAUGCUUCACUUAAUCCCAUACUUAUGCCUUUGAUACCCGAGUUACUUAGACAAUACGAAUAUGAAGAGCCCCAGGUGCGCGGUGGCAUUCAUCUUAUGCAUUCCGAUUAUUUUAAAACUUUGGCAGCUCUGGCUUGUGACAUGCAAUUGGACGCCGUCUUGCCGCCAGCAGAUGUCCACAAAUGGGCUUGGUUUAAGCGUUAUUGCAUUGCGGUGCGAGUAGCCCAAUCACUGAUCAAACGAAGCGAUUUACCAAAAUCUUUUUGUAUGGAAGUUCGCAAAAAGCUUUCCGAAAUGAUGCCUCAACCUCAACAAAGUCUAACACCCCAACCAGGAAUGUCUUCAAUGAUGAAUUCAACUACAUCCCUAGCCUCUUCGACGAGUACUGCGAGCAAUCCCUCGCCCCAACCCUGUCUUCAGCCGUGUUCAUCAUCGGCCAUGGUUAACACAUUGACACCGAGCACUAGCAGUUUGAUACAGUACAUCGACACUGUUAUGACGAUUUCUUUGCAUGAGAAUGUGGGAGCAUGUGGCGGAGCGACAGGAUCUGGUGGAGUGGGGAUAAGCAGUGGAAAUGCAGAGACCAUCCAGUUCAUGCAUGAGGAUCAUAAUCUUUUCAAAACCGAACAUGACAGCCAACUUCUGCAGUGGUUGAAUAGACGCCCCGAUGACUGGGCCCUCUCCUGGGGUGGAGCCAGCACAAUUUAUGGCUGGGGCCAUAAUCAUCGUGGCCAAUUGGGGGGUUUGGAAGGAAGUAGAAUUAAAACCCCCACACCUUGUGAAGCAUUGAGCCUACUGAGGCCCGUACAAUUAGCAGGAGGAGAGCAAACUCUGUUCGCAGUAACACCAGAUGGUAAACUCUUUGCAACGGGCUAUGGUUGUGGAGGACGUCUCGGUGUUGGAGGCACCGACUCUUGGGCUGUGCCCACGCUGGUUGCCUCACUUCAACAUGUUUUUGUGAAAAAGGUAGCUGUAAAUUCGGGCGGUAAGCAUUGCCUGGCUCUUACAACCGAUGGCGAGGUGUAUUCCUGGGGCGAAGGAGAAGAUGGAAAGUUGGGCCAUGGUAAUCGUGUGGGUUACGAUCGGCCAAAACUGAUUGAUGAUCUAACUGGUAUAGGCAUUGUGGACAUAGCUUGCGGAAGUGCACAUUCAGCAGCCAUAACUUCUUCGGGUCAUGUUUUGACAUGGGGAAAAGGGCGUUAUGGCCGUCUAGGCCAUGGCGAUUCCGAAGAUCAGGAGAGGCCGAAAUUAGUUGAAGCCUUAUUCGGCUAUAGAGCCAUCGAUAUAGCAUGCGGCUCUGGCGAUGCCCAAACACUAUGUAUUACAGACGACGAUAAUGUGUGGAGCUGGGGCGAUGGCGACUAUGGGAAACUUGGUCGAGGUGGAUCAGAUGGCUGUAAGGUUCCGGUGAAAAUAGAGAGUCUCUCCGGUCUCGGUGUCAUCAAGGUUGAGUGUGGUUCGCAAUUUUCAGUUGCCCUUACCAAAUCGGGUGCUGUUUACACAUGGGGCAAAGGCGAUUUUCAUCGGUUGGGCCAUGGUACUGUGGACCAUGUGAGGCGACCCAAAAAAGUUGCCGCUCUGCAGGGUAAAAAAGUGGUUUCGAUAGCCACGGGCUCGCUACAUUGCGUUGCUUGUACAGAUAACGGAGAAGUAUACACCUGGGGCGACAAUGACGAAGGCCAGCUGGGAGAUGGAACAGUGAGUGCAAUACAAAGACCCCGGUUAGUGCAUGCAUUGGUGGGAAAACAUAUUGUAAAGGUAACGUGUGGAUCGGCCCACACAUUGGCAUUGUCAACAUCCCAACUUUCGGAGCGGGUAAGACCUCCACCAAAUCCACCACUGGAAUAUGAUUUAGUAAGAGAUCUGCCACCUGAGGCUUUGCAUGCGCGUCUGGUCUUGUUACACCAUUUCUCAGAGCUAUUAUGUCCUUGCUUGGCCAUGCUACCCAUUACAGGUGACCUUAGCUUGGGCGCUCUCAAGGAUGUCCUGGUGUACACCAUAAAAGAGGCUGCUUUCCGCAAAGUCAUUCAGACCACAAUGGUGAGGGAUAAACAACACGGUCCGGUUAUAGAGUUAAAUCGUAUACAGGUUAAGAGAUCUCGCAAUAAGUCUGUGAACGGAUUGGCUGGGGUGGAUGGCAUGAAAAGUGUUUUUGGCCAGAUGGUUCAAAAGUUGCCACUCCUAACCCAAGAGGCUUUGUCGCUACCCCAUCGUGUGUGGAAGGUAAAAUUUGUGGGAGAAUCUGUUGACGACUGUGGAGGUGGUUACAGUGAGUCCAUAGCGGAAAUGUGUGAUGAGCUACAGAAUGGAAGUGUGCCGCUACUAAUUGGCACACCUAAUGGUCGGGGAGAAGCUGGAGCCAAUAGGGACUGCUUUCUACUGGACCCAACGUUGACUUCGGUUUUACAAAUGAAUAUGUUCCGAUUUUUGGGAGUCUUAAUGGGUAUUGCCGUUAGGACUGGAUCACCAUUAAGUUUGAAUCUUGCCGAACCUGUGUGGCGUCAGUUGGCCGGUGAGCAGUUGCGUCCUUCCGAUCUCACAGAAGUAGAUCGUGAUUACGUUGCCGGUUUGCUUUGCAUUCGCAAUAUGGAUGAUGACCCCAAAGUUUUUACCACUCUAGAACUGCCCUUCUCUACAUCAUCUGCCAAAGGACAUGAAGUACCAUUGUCAACGCGCUAUACACGCAUUACCCCACAAAACCGUCACGAAUAUGUGAGGCUAGCAUUGAAUUUUCGCUUGCACGAGUUUGAUGAGCAGGUCAAAGCCGUUCGUGAUGGUAUGUCCAAAGUAAUACCCGUCCCCUUGUUAUCAUUAUUUUCGGCUGCCGAAUUACAAGCCAUGGUUUGCGGCUCACCCGAUAUUCCAUUGGGCCUAUUAAAAUCAGUGGCCACAUACAAAGGAGGAUUUGAUCCCAAUUGUGCUUUGGUGCAAUGGUUCUGGGAAGUAAUGGAAGAAUUUUCAAAUCAGGAACGCUCGUUGUUCUUGCGCUUUGUCUGGGGUCGAACACGUUUACCAAGAACAAUUGCCGAUUUUCGAGGUCGAGAUUUUGUUUUACAAGUUUUGGAGAAGAAUCCGCCCGAUCACUUUUUACCCGAAAGCUAUACAUGCUUCUUCUUACUGAAAAUGCCAAGAUACUCCUGCAAGGCCGUAUUAAUGGAAAAGCUCAAAUAUGCCAUACAUUUCUGUAAAAGCAUUGAUACUGAUGAAUAUGCCCGUGUUGCUAUGGGCGAUCCCACCGAAGCAACCGGCAGUGAAGAUAAUAGUGAUUUAGAAUCCGUAGCAAGUCACGACGCAUAAGCAACGUACAACGAUUGCAAACAAGAACAACAGCAGAAGGCUCGUUUCUUGUUUUGAACAGAUAGCAAAUAUCAAUUCCCGAACAUGCAUGCGUAUACACAUACAUAGAGACGAUACAAGUUUCAACAAAUGAAGAAAAACCAACAACAACACACCGCAGUGGUUUACUAUUUGGCCGUUUUAGUGAAAACAAAAUAACGUACAUGCAAAAUUACUAAAUUGCACCAUAUUUGCUUAGAGUUGGCAAAUGCAUCGCAAUACAAUACAACAAAUGUUUUAGCAACCACACAGCCCGCUCACCGUUCGCAUAACUAUUGAAAAAUUAAACAAAUACAAAAACAUCAUUACAAAAAAAUGAACAACUAAAUAAAAAGGUUUGAUUUUAGCUUUAGAAGACAACUUCCUGCUGUUUUUUUAAUAAUUAUUUUUAGUAUCUUCAUGAUUAUUUUUUUAUUAACAGAUUAUUUAUUUUCCCUUCCGCUUUAGUAUUACUUACAAAAUCUCUUCUUCUACCGACAUACCUACAAUAAUGAAUGUCUUUCCAUUAAGAGUCUAAUGACUAAUGCCUAUAUAUCCCCAUUUUGUCAAUCUCAUUGUAACUUAUGAUUUAAAAUAGAAGAAGUUAAAUUAACUAAUAGAUGAUAAUACUACUACUACUACUUCAAUAAAAAAAUUAAAUAAGUUAUUCUCAUGAUUGAAUUUACAUACAUCCCUACAUAUAUAUUUAUACGUUUUUUUUCUUAUUUAAAUUGUAAUUGAGUGUUUCUAUGGAUAUAAAUCGAAGAGUACAUACAAGAAUAUUUUAGUACAUAGUUUAGUGUUGUUUUCUCUUUCCACAGCUAGCUGUAUAUUUUUAAUUAUUUUAUAGUUAACAAAUAUCAUUUUUUUUUUGAAAUUCAUACAACUAGAGUGUGACAUUACCAUGAAUAUUUAAUUUUAAUAAAUUAUUGUUUUUUUUUUAAUAAAAUACUACAUACAUACGUAUACACAUUUUUUUUUACUAAGUUUAUAUUUUUAUUCUAUGGAUCAUUGUGGGAUAUUUGGGAAAGACCAUUAUAUAGUAGGGUGAUUAUUUAUUGACUGCACAUCUUGUCAUGGGAUCCGUUUAGUCUCCCUCUAGACGUGGUCAGGAAACAACCCUUGCCGCCUGAUUGACAGACAUUUCAAUUUUAAUAUUCUUUUUUUUAUCUAGUUGACAUGAUCAUUUUUUAAGUUUUUGUUGAUGUCUUUUGAAAGUCAGUAACAGUCUUGAGUACAUGGUGUCCUCAAACAAAUCGUCAGUUUCCUCAAUGGGAUUUUUGCGAGUUUCACUUUCGCCCACAGAAACAACUUAAGAUAACCAAGCGAUUAGAGUGCCAACAUUUCAAAAUGUUUAUCAUGAGAGUUAUGAAAAUAAACCAAAAAAGUUUACACCACAUGUUAUUAAUUUUGACAUUCUGUUUGAGGAAUAAUAGCAUGUUGCCAACGGCCAUAUCUGUUAUAGAAAUGUUAAAUUCUGUAUUAAAUUGCAUAUGUUUUCAUCUUUUUUUUUCGCUCCGCUCCGGCAAAAUUUUUUUUGCUCCUCCAUAUUUAUAUUGACCAUUUAUUUUUCAAUUAACAUCUAAUGCUCACCGUCAUAGGACAUGUGGUUUAUCACAAAUGUCACCAGGAUUAGGAGGGGAUAACAAAAUAAUCAAAUAAUUUUUUAAUUGCAAAUUCCAAAAAUGUCAAUGACGAUCGUAGUAAAAAAAGUUCAGAUUCAAAUAAAAAAAAAUGCGUUCUCUUUCGAGACAAGCUCAAUGAUCGGUGAUUUUCUUUACAAAUAAAAAAGGAAAGCCAGAGAUAGCAACACACACCAACCACCACUAUGGGACGCGUUUCGUCUUUGGUUAGAAAACUUUUCAACCAUAUUAGGUGUGAUGGCUUCAAGGGCCGUGCGUUGAUAUGUUGUAUUUGAACCGUAUUUAUUGCAAAAACGCCUCUAGGAUACAAUUACUACAUUAACCACGCACGAUAACCUUGUCUAUUAGCUGUACUUUUUCCCAAUGCAUGUGUUUUCGUGUAAGGACAGUUUUUUUCUUCGAUAAUUACACUGCUUUCAUGGUGUACAUGAUUCUGAGUAUCUGUUGGAAGUUCCAUUGAUGGCUUCGAACGCCCAGGUUCGAAUCCCGGCCGGGCUCUGCCGAAUUUUUUUGUUUUUAAGUUUUUUUGCCUGUUAGGGCGAAGAUCAUUAAAUUUCACAAUUUUUGUUUGUUUCUCUUUUGAGACGAGCUAAAUGAUCGGAAAUUUUUUUUCCAAAUGAAAAAGAAAUGAUUGAAUCAAAAAAUUUUUUAGUUGGAAUUGUCAAAAAUUUCAAUCACGAUCGUGUUUGAAAAAGGUUGAAAUUAAAAAAAUGAUUGAAUCAAUUAAUUUUUAUAUGAUUGCCUACAUUUCAAUCACGAUCUUAAUAAAUAAAAUAAAUUCGGAUUCAAUUAAAAAAUGAUUGGUUCUAUUAAUUUUUUAAUUGAAAUAAUUUUUAUUCUCAAUUAAUUUUUUAAUUGAAAAAAAAAUUUGUGAUAUUUUUCUGUGUAUGGUGCAAGCACAUCCUCCUGCAGAGACAAAGAAGAAAAUCUGGUAACUGAUGCAUAUAGUGUGCUGAGGAUAUGAGGAUGCCGCAGAACCCAUCCCUGAUUAUGGUAAUAUUUACUUGCCACAGGUCAACUCUUACCAUCUCUUUAUUGACUACAAAGCCGCUUUCGACAGCUCUAUACGUUCAAAAGUAUUUCAAGCCAUGACUUAGUUUGGUAUCCCUGCAAAAUUAAUAAGACUGCAGGAUGACACUUGCUAAUGCACGUUCCUCGUACUUGUCAUGGCUGUAGCGCUAGAGGCUCAAGAAGCCAAUUCGGGCGAUCGGUUUAUAUGGGAACUACAUCAAGUUAUGAAUCGAUUUGAAAGUCGAAACAAAACACAGCCUCCCGUCCACGGUAAAUUGUGAUGCCGGCUCGGAGACCACGGAUGCGACGAAUGGCUGUCCUCCUAGCUUUGUCACUUUUGGGAUGCACAAUAAAUUGAUGGUUGAAUGGAUCAGUCAAUGUUACGUCGCCUGAGGUCCUGUCACCCCGCCUACCGGCAGUGUCAGUUCACUGAAGCUUCGAUUGGAGUACUCUCUGAAGCCGUCCCAAUAGAACUUCUUCUGAUGGCUUUUAUCAGCUUUGUUUUAUGGAUCGCUGCAUCCUACAUGUUCUUCCGACUCAUAAAAUCUACUUUCUCGUCGAUCUUUCCUCGGGGUCCGUUGCAAUUCAAUCGUAAAAAUGAAACACAUCCCGGCACUGGCCUGGCAAUAUUGGGGAUGUGGUGCUGCUGCGUUUAUUGCCGCACGGGUCGCAAAGUCCGAUGACGAAGGUGACGACGAUGGCGCUUGUGCCCCACUGCUGUCUAUGUUCGCACAGCACGCUGCAACAUAUUCAGUGGGACUAUAUUCCCGUAGUGACGUACGGCCAGAACAAGAUCGGAAAUGCACCCACUCCAUGCAUCGGUUACACCUCACCGACACUAACCGAUGAUUGAGACGGUUCUGGUAAACCGAACAGAACAAGCGUCCGGUGUUCUUUUCAAUCCCGGCACGGGCGAAGACGCAACAAGGACGAACAUGUGCAAUUAUCAGUUGCAUAUACAUAUGUGAGUGCAUAAAUAAUACAGGGGGCACGAUACAGAAAACUUUUAAGUUAUUUUAUGGGACGACUAUGGAUUGCAACUCAACCAUAGUUGCGUUGCCAGGAGAUAAAACCAUGAAAUAAAAAUUAUUAUAAAGUAAAAAGUCUUUGUCACUUUUAUUCAAUAUCAGUGUUUUAAAGUUCCCCUACUAAGUAAAUUGCAAACAUGUCUGCAAUACAAUACGGAAAAGGAAAUUUCUAUAACAAAUUUGCCCAUUAGCAAACGUGACUGAAGUUGGGUUUGCAUUGACCCAUUAUUAACAUUUGAGUUUCAAUGUCUACGAGUUCCUUGCUCGUAGGUUAGAUAAAAAGCAAGGGCAAAAAAGAACAGUAUGUUAAAUGUUUAAACCCCGUUUAAUGGCUCGAUCAUCUGUUUUCCCUGUAUGAAAUCAGCUGACGAGAGCCUUAAUGAGCAGUGUAAACGGGGGUAUAUAGUUGUUCUUUUAUAGUUUAAUUACUGCUAAGAAAAAUGCUAUUGGUUCUAUUUGUAAACUUUGGAAUGAUUUUCAAAAUGGUCUUUGAAUCACAGAUUUUACGUAAGGAGAGACGUAUUUCAGACUUUGGACAAUCGUUGACCUUAAACUUAAAUCAGGGAGCACUUAUUGUUGUUAGAAAAUAUGUCCCUCAAUACUUGGAUGGAUGUUGGGAAACCAUGUUCGUGUCUGUAUAGAUGUAUAAAUAUGUUGAGCAAUCAAAUGCGGUUGAUAUCAUACGAAUGAUGAUACAAUAUGAUAACUGUUGUUCAUGAUGAAGUUUCGCAAGAUGCAUUCAAUUGCGGUUGCCUCAAAAAGCAUUUCAAUUCUUCGGAUCUUCUCAAUAUUUAUGCAACCUACAUCAAGCCUAAGAUGAAACAUAACACCCAUGUAUGGGCGGUGGCUCCAAAGUCCUCCAGAGCGAUGGCGUUGAUCGGCGAAGGUAGGGUAACCAACUCUAUUGUUUCCCUUGAGCAUCGUCUGAAUGUGGACAGCGGGGUUCAGUCAUAUCGAUACUUUCAUGACACAGUAUUACUUUGAGAAGUAAUAAAAUCUGCAAAAUUUUCCGAAAACAAUGUAAUUUUCUAAAUUCAGGAGGACUUGCGAUUUUUUAAACCUUUGAGGACCAAGAAUUAACUGCUCGAUAAAGUUUUGAUUAUUUUGCAUAUUCGUUCUUAGAAUAUUCCUAUUUACUAAGAAGAGUGUUGCCAAAACGGUAAAAAUGUUGCUCCUUCUAUGAAAAAAUCACGGAACAUAUAUUUCCCAUUCGUUCUCAAAGGAAAAUAUUUGGGUAGAAAAGUGUUUUUGAAUAUUGCGUAGAAUUCAAAAUAAAUCGUAUCGUGUAUUCUUUUUAGAUUGCCAGAGAUGAAACACCAUAAGAAUAAUUCAUGCGUGAUUUGUUGCUGUGAGUGUCAAAAUGAAGUGUAGAAAAACAUUUGAUUACAAAAAUUUUUCUUUCAUCUUUAAAUUUUUUAGUUAUACGAAACACGAAAAUAAUUUACUUUCUUCCUGAAACAACGUUUUAUUCAAUGUUGAAGAUAAGUUUUAGGUAUUUGGUCUGUAAAAGUAUGACUAUUGUACACUUUAUGUUGGCGCUCACUGUAAACUUACUCAUAAAACAAAAAUCGUCCAAAUCCAAUAAAAAUGAGUUAUCUGGAGGCUCACAAAGCAAAUUCGGGGCUAUGUUUAUUUAAAGAACUAAAUGGGCCGACAUAAUGUGAAAUCAUAUAUAGGAAAAAGUCAAAAGCAGAUUUUUACCCAUUUAUUUACCUUUGAGAGCGAAAGGGACAACUCACAGUGGGAUGGAAAGAAAAUAAGUGGAAAUAAAUUUGCUACUUUGGAGUAGAUAGAGAUAUCUUCAUGAAAUUUUACAUGGUUAUAGCUGAGGUGUUAUACAGUGUAUAUGCAAAAUUUCAGAUGCCCCAGGGGCCCAUUGGUGGGCCUUCAAAGUUGGUCACCUCGGCUCUACAAAAUUUUGUUCGGGCUGUCAAAAGAGCAUUUAUGGUCCCAUUUUCAAUUUUUUUUUUUGCUACUUUGGAGUAGAUAGAGAUAUCUUCAUGAAAUUUUACAUGGUUAUAGCUGAGGUGUUAUACAGUUUAUAUGCAAAAUUUCAGAUGCCCCAGGGGCCCAUUGGUGGGCCUUCAAAGUUGGUCACCUCGGCUCUACAAAAUUUUGUUCGGGCUGUCAAAAGAGCAUUUAUGGUCCCAUUUUCAAAUUUUUUUUUGCUACUUUGGAGUAGAUAGAGAUAUCUUCAUUAAAUUUUGCAUGGUUAUAGCUGAGGUGUUGGUCACCUCGGCUCUACAAAAUUUUGUUCGGGCUGUCAAAAGAGCAUUUAUGGUCCCAUUUUCAAAUUUUUUUUGCAGGAAGGUGUUUAAAAAGUCCUACAAAAAACAGGCCUAAAUGCGCGGGAUAUCUUUUAUAGUGUCUAAGAAAUUUGACUAACAAUUUUUUUUAUUUUAUGCUUGUGAAAGCAUUUCUGCACCGAUUUAAAAUUCUUUAACUGAUUUAGAAAGCUAAUAAAAUUUACUAUUUUUUCUCGCGAUAUAUGCUAAGGUCUGAUUCCCCAGUUAAAAGUUAUGCGAGUUACAAAUACAAAAAUGUGAAAAAAUUUAAUUUUUGGCAAAAAAAGUUAAUUUCAUUGUUUCGUCUUUAUACAGCAAAUUUGGCCCAGCACUAUCAAUUUUGCUUAUUGUUACAGUACAGAAGACUUAAUGUAGAUGCGUUUUAAGUGUAAUUUUUAUAAAUUGUGUUAACUCUAAUAGGAGAUCUGUAAAGUACAAUAUUGGCACAUUUUAACAAAAAAAUGGGGAAACCCCUUCGAGUUCUCAAAACGCCAGACUGAGGCCCCAACUUAAUAAGAUAUUUUCAUUGGCCCAAGUAAUUACUAAUUCCAAGCAUUUUUUUGCGCCAUCCAACGAUUGAGGACAUCGACAUUUUACUAAAAUAUGCCAAUUUUGCUAACAUCUUUCCCCAGUGUGGGUAUUAUGGGUGUUUUUAUCAAGAAAUGUGGCCAAUAUUUGUACUAAUUUUUUAGAAAUCCAUCUACAAAUUUGUGAAAAAUUAGAACGAUAUCUUUAGUAGUUUUGGUACUAUGAUAUUUUCAAUUUGAAUUUUAUUUUUCGCAAAAGUGUAUUUUUUGGCCUCAUUUUAUAGCAAACAUUUUGAAAAUCGGACCAUAAAUGCCCCUAGGACAUCUAGAGCCCUGAAAAUUUUUAUAUAAACUGGAUAAAACCUCAUCUAUAACCAUGGGCAACAGUUGUAUUCCAAAUAAUAGAAGUGCGCUGCUCUUAAGAACAAAUUUUUGAUAAAAAUAUAUUUUUAUUAUUUUUUUUACGUAAUUUUCUAAAUUUUAUGGGAAUAAACUAAUUAAUAAAAGCUACGACAAUUUAAAAUAUUUCCUUGAAUACACGUUUUUUCCCAAAAUUAGCUAUUCAAAAAAAUAGGAUGCCUAUGCCUAAAGUAAUACCCUCCUUUUGAUGACUUCGGCACAUCUACGAUGCAUGAAGUCUUAAUAAGAUCCUGGCAUCUCUUUACAGAGUGGUCCAGGGAUAGUUUUACAAGUAUUUUUGGUCAGGUAUUACGCUUACGUUCCAUAGCUCUUCCGCAUUUAGUCGUCGGUUCUCUGCAAUACAAAUUUCAAUAUCUCCCCAUAAAAGUCCUACGGGAUUGAGGUCAGGAGACUGAACUGGUCACGAAUUAAACUGAGCCCCAUUGACUUAAAACCACCCCUUGUCAUUUUACUAGUAUGUUUCCGGCCAUUUACUUCUUAGAAUACCAAUUUCAAAAGCAAAUUCCAGUCUGCAUAAACUAGCAUUACUUGCUCCAAAGUUGUAACAUACCCAUGAUGUCUCUUACUUCACUAUUGGCCCCAUAGCGUUGUUAAAAAAAUAACUUCAACGUACCAAUACUUUUUCCCCACCAUGUUUGGCUGUCUUUUUAUAAAUUAUGAUUUAUAUUAUGUAUUGGGCAGGCCUAAGGACGUCUUUCUAAACCCUUUUCCACCAAAUAAUAAAAUUUUACGUAUGUUGGUCCCCAAUAUGUUGCUCCAUUUUUUCAAUCGGCCAAUCGAUAGGUUCUUUAGCGAACUUACUAACUUCUUGGUUAGCAAUGGUACCAUUCUUGGACUUUUUGUGCAUAAAUUAUUUUCCAACCAGUAAGCAAGAGCAAAAGUCGGGCGGUGCCGACUGUAUAAUUCCCUACACUUACCCUGUAAAUGUGGGAGCUAUAUCCAAAUCUGAACCGAUUUUUUCCAAUUUCAAUAGGCUUCAUCUCUAUGCCGAAAAACAUGUUUGUAUCAAAUUUGAAGACGAUCGGAUGAAAACUGCGACCUGUACUUUGUACAUGGACAGACAGAAUCAGUAAGUGAUUCUGAGUCGAUUGGUAUACUUAUCAAUGGGCCUAUCUCUCUUCCUUCUAGGUGUUACAAACAAAUGUACUAAAUUAUAAUACCCUGUACCACAGUAGUGGUGUAGGAUAUAACAAUCGUUUGCGAAUAGUGGGACCAAUUAUUACAGUCAGAUUUAGUCCCUCUUGAAUCUUUUUUGAGGACUCCCUUUGCUAUAUCAUUUAAAAUGCGGCAAUGAGUCCGAGUGUUUCGUUCUAUUUUUAUAAAGUGAGGCAUUCGCAAUCAUUUGAUCAUUUUUCAUAGUAUUUUGAUUACACUCAGAAAAAACACUGUCUGCUGAUAUUUAAUUAAAGAUUUUAAACUUUUAAAUAAAUUCAUUUAAAAUGUUUGAACUUCUAAACAAUAAUUCAGGCAUUUGCUUUAUAUUAAUAAAAAAAAUUGCCAAUUUUAGGAGUUAAUUUUUUGUUUAAAAGCAUAGUUAUAAUAGUGGUAGUUUUUCUGUCCGCUGUUAUUUGAAUUCGAUCAAAAAUUAGCAAAAUUUAGAAAAUUCGAAAAAUUUUACGUCAAGUGCUUGUAAAAUUGAAAGAUAUGAUGGAAUAUAUUUUUUUUUUUAACAUUUAGGACACAUUUAAGCUUUUUUAACUUUUUAAAAUUUAAAAACAGCAGAAAAUGUCUGCCUUUUUUUGCAACUUAUUACCGCUGUCCCAUUUUCAGCAGACUUUCUGCUGUUACCGCAAAUAUUUUUGCUGUUUUUACUAAUAAAUUUCUAUGAGUGUAGUUUUCGUAGUUUUGGGUUAAUUCUUGCCUAUCUUUGGAACAGUAUUUUCUACGUCCCACAAUUACAGAAAUUAUAGUUUAAAAUCUAUUAACUACAAUUGAAACAGCUUUUCUGCCACUAUUCUAUACUUAGUUUUCACAUCACGUAUUUAAUUUCAUAACAAAUCAUCCAUACUUCUAUUUUUUUGAUCAGUGGCAUCAAAAAUAUAAUAUAUAUUAUGGGCUUAUAUUUGUAAUUUUACUUAUUACACCAACGAAUAUGACUUGUGAAAAUAUGAGGUGGUAGCACUCCUAUUAUUUGAACAUAGCUGUAUAUGUCCAACCAGCGAAGCAAGUGUAAAGUGAAAGGUAUAUCACCAAAUCAAUUUAUGUAAAAAUUUACUCAUAGGGGAUGCUUUGUAGCUCCUUGGUCUAUCUUAGUUCUUCGAAUAGAGACAUUUUUAAUUAAUGAAAAAAAAAAUUAUACAAAUUUUUGUGUUUAACAUCUUACCAAAAUGAAACGGAAAACUAUAUUAAAUUUCUGUGAUGGAAUUUUAUGCCCUAAUUGGAUCUCAAUCGAUUAAAUUCAAAUUUUUGGAUUUUAGAGCAAAUAUACAAAAUGGGACAUUCAUGUCCCAUUGGUCCUCAAAGGGUUAAACAAUGCAAGUACAGUUAGCUGAUCCUAAUUAGAUAUUCACUUAGUUAUUAAUUACAGCACACAAAAGUAGGUUACUGGAUCAGUGCGCAGGCAAUGCAUUUUUUGCAUUUUGGUAAAUUUUUGUAUGACAAAGCCUCGAGUUUUUUCACUAUUACUAGCUCAUUCAUAUUUUUAUUUGAAUUUUGUUUUUCGUAAAUUGAAAUUGUUUUAUAUAUUUUCAUUAUGGAUAUACACAUUCGUACUAUUCUAAAACAUUUAAAGGAUCAUAUUUUUUAAAAGUAUUUAAUGCCUACCUACAUGCAAACAUAGAAAUUUAGAUUUGAAAAAAAAAAAAUAAAUAUAUGAAUAUAGAAAUAUGUAGUAUCGAAAAUACUAAGUGAGUAUAAUAACCCCAAAAUAAUGUUACUGUGUUAAAUUUCAAAUUCAAACAAUUACACAAAUACAUAUAUAAUUUAAAAUCUAUGAAUGUAAUAAUUAGUUUAAAAUCAUGAAAACCUUGCAAAGAGAAAAGACAAUUUCAACAUUAUGUAGAAAUGAAAAUAACAAGAAUUUGAGUUCAAUUGGAAAAUAAUAACCCUAUUAAAAACAAACGAAAUAAAUUGAA